AUGAAUUCAACAGUAAUAUUCAUUGAAAGAUCAGCUCCAGCGACUAUCACAGACUUCUACGAUGUGCUUGCCAACGACUUGAUAUCAGUCAAGGAAAAGUGGUCAUUCGAGUUCAAAACAUUCCGAUUCACAGUGAAAAAGCUGCCUCCAGAUAGUCCGCGACUCAUGCAUUCUAUAAGCUUCAGUCACCAUGGAAAUAAGACUGUAACCAUCAAAAAUAAAGCAGCGAUUGUGACAUCGACCAAUCCAGGAGAUAUUCCAGCAUCGCAGAUCCUGAACGGAUGCUCUUCGCGCUCAAGUGAACCAUUUGAUCACCUUCUCACAUCAAAAUUGUCAAAUUUGUGGACUCAAAGGCAGAGCAUCAAAGGUGAUUUUGGAAGUACUUAUCAAACGGCUGAACUUAUCAUCAGAGCUACGAAUGUCUUCUCUUAUGGGGGGUUUAAAGGACUGCUCAUUGAACUGGAGUGUGAGGAAAAUGUCCAGGAUACAGAUUUCCAACAAAGAGUCGAGAAAAUACGAAAGUAUUUGAAGGAGAUUGGCAUAGAGGACUAUAAAAUAUGCGGCGAGUCUAUGGACCCGUUGCUGAAAAACUACGCGUGCGACCUGGCAUUCCAGUAUGUCAAGGUAUUAGAGUUCUGA